UAGGGCGUGUUUGGAUUGGAUGUAAUUAGUGAUAGAGAUAUAAAUUGUUACGAGAACAGUGGUGUGUUUACUAUUGUCAAAGCGCAAGUUUGAAGUUCAGUUUUAUCAAAGCCUCGUACAAUGGCUACUCAUAUGAAUCUGACUUUCUUAACACUUACUGUAUAUCUUUUGUUUGGUCUCUCUGUCGGUGAAUACCAACUCCGAUAUCAAAACAUUCCCGGAAGGGACAUACAGAAAUUAUCAACUUCCCAUGGGGGCCAGUUACGAAGUUUUCAAAACAAUGUGGCCCUGAGGAAUCUGAAGGCCCGGCAACAUCACGGAAAUCCCAAACGACCUACUGACGGCUUCGGCAGGUUUACUUACACACCGAACGACAAGGCCCCUCCUUUUGUUUUGAAUAGCUUGGAAGGAACUUUGAAAUAUCCGAGUGCUUUAUUCGCCAACAGUUCUCUCAUAUUUGUAGUCUUCGAUAACCAGUCCAGUUAUGUCGACUGUAUGUGGCACUCGAAUGAAGCCUUACUUCCACUCGUCCAGAGCAAACUCGAAGAUAUCCACUACGUGUUUCUACCUUCGGGAAACGAAGAUCCUUUAUUGACGGCUAAAUGGUUAUACAAACGUCUAGAAUCAUUGGGGACCAAGUCAAGUUCCAAUUGGAAAUUCAAUCAUAAAAAUUUUCACUUUGCUAUCCAGUCUGUGUCAAAUUUGACCAAUUGGAUUCCUGACUGCUUGAAUGAAUGGGCAUGUUCUGACCAUGGUUGUGGGUAUGACCAAGUGAUCAUUAAUUUUGAAGGAAAUCAUUUGCCAGUCACUUUGAAACGCUUGGAUGCACGCUAUGACUGGUUACCUUCACCAAAGAACUUCAUCAACAAGACUGUUGAAUUAGACAUAAUAUGGAAUGGCUGCAAACGUAUCCCCCACCUUUCACCGCCAGACAAAGUUGCUUUGGUCUACAAUAAUGGCUGCAGCAUUUUUCAACAGAUCACCAAUGUACAGGCUGCUGGUUACAAAGGAGCGGUUAUCAUGAUGCGUCCAGGUGAACCACUUCAAGACAUGAACUGUAAUGGAGAGCAGUGCACAAAACCAUUGACCAUCUUUGCAACAGCGGUACCAUAUAGUAAACCAGUAUUACACAAUGGUCCAUUAACUAUAAAAUUCCAGAACACACCAUCACAAAUUUUCUAUAUGGCCAUUGAUCCAUUGGGUAAACUGACAGAAGUCGGAUGGAUGCUGUAUCCAUCAGCAAACUUUUUGGUAUGGCAAGCAGAAUGGAUGAAAUUUCAAAAUAAACUCGAGAGAAGACUCUGGAACAAAGACCUUCUUGUGCCAUUAUUUGAGAAUGCCACAAUGCAAGGCAAAAGUGGAAUUGUUGCCAAUGUUACAUUACCACCUUUGGAAACGUUGAGAACCUACUCAACCUUUGAACUACAAGUGAACCUGUCUUGUCCUGGCACCAGAGAUGAAGACUGCCCUGCAUGGGACCGCACUGUUGGGUUACAUGUGUGCUGUAAUCAGUCUUCCCCAUUGUGCAACAUGGAACUAGGACGAUGGAUCACACCAUUCCGCAGGCGUAUUGGAAUUUGGGUAACAGAUGUGAGUCCCCUACUACCCUUGCUGACCUCUCGCCAAUGCACCUUCCGCAUGUUCACUGACCCCUGGGCAUCACCAUGGAAGCCAUCAGCCUCUCUCAGGUUUUCAAACCCCCACAUGAGCAGUUCAAAUUCUUCAUAUCCAGAAGAAGCUAAGCCACUUUUCCUACCAGGUGCAGUAUUUGACCACAAUUACAACAAUCACUUCAAACCAUAUUUCUUUGAAGUUGACCAAAAAUAUAGCAAGAUCAUGAUAUAUGCUGUGAUAACAGGACACGGUAGUGAUGAAAACGGAUGUGGAGAGUUCUGUGUGACAUCCCACCACUUUAACAUCAACGGAAAAGUAUACAACAUCACAUUUGAUAACGCAGGAACUCCACUCGGUUGCGCAAACAAAGCACCAAUAGGUGUUGUUCCAAAUGAACAUGGAACUUGGCUGUAUGGACGUGAUGGUUGGUGUGAUGGUUUGCAGGUUGAUCCCUGGCUCAUCGAUAUCACAAAUGACACUAGCAAACAAAAUGUUAUCAAAUAUUUUGGUUGGUAUCAGGGCAAAACUCCAAACCCACAAAGGAAUCCUGGAAUCAUAUCGCUCUAUUCAUAUUUGAUAUUUUAUAAAUAAUAUUUCAAAUGAAAAUAAAAUUUUUUUUUUAAUUAAUAAAUUAUAUUUUGCAAAUAUUUCUUUUUCAUAGAUCUAAACCAAAUUUA